CAUCAUUGUCAAUCCAAUUGCCUCUCAGAAAUCCCUUUCCCCCCUCCCCCAAACAAUCGUAAAUCGAUUUCCUGUUUCAUUUUAGCAGCUGAGAUGGAUUUCCACAGCCUCGCUAGGAGAGAAUUGCAAGCUCUUUGCAAGAAGAACAAGAUCCCAGCUAACAUAACCAAUGUUGCCAUGGCUGAUGCUCUUCAAUCUCUUGAAUUUGUUGACGGUAUUGAAGAGGUCUUGAAAACAUGUGAAUCUGAUGUUGCCAACUCAUCCAUGGAAUCCCCUGGAAAGUCAGAAGCAUUAGCAAGUGUACCUCGGACUGGUCGCCGAACUACACAACGAAAGACUAUCAAACAUGACUCAGAAACUAUGCAGACCACGACAAGGAGUCACUGCAGAACAAGAGGAACGGUGGUAAGAGACAUUGAUGAAGCCAAAAAGGAUAUGCUGGAGACUCCUGCAUUGCCAACUACCAGAAGGAGGGCUGCAACAACUUCAGUUCGUGUUAAGCUGGAAUCUGCAAUGAAGGAAUGUGAACCAAAAGAGGAAAUUGUGGAUCAGGUUGAGGAAGAAAAGAAAGAUGUUCCAAAGACACCAGCAGCUGCUCUCACUAGCCAAAGAAAGGAAGUGAAGGCAAAGAGUUCAGUUAGGCAAGUGUACAGCACUCGUCGAUCAGUGAGGUUAGCUGGGAAACCUACGCAGGAAUCAAGCACACAAGAGGAUGAAAAGUCAGGAACCCUUACGUUUGAUGCAGUUUCUGAAGAAACUGAAGAAAGUUUGGAGGUGAACUCUGAGCUGCAUUCUGCUCACAAGUCUGAAAUAUUAGAUAAAAAAGGUAUUGAUUUGAAAUCAUCCGAGAGUUUGGACAUGAAGAACGAAUCAGAUACCUUGUCAGUUCAAAAUUCAAAUACCUUGGUACAAAAUAAAAUAGGCAUGGAAGAUGGUGUUCAACAAGACAAUGCUAGUGAUCUGGAAGUUGUUGUCUUAGAUACAAAAGCAAAAGAGGGCUCAGAGGAAGUAGCACUUGGCUGCAAUAACGAUGGAUCUGGAGAAGUACCCAUGGAAGAAUCUGAAAUUGUUGCUGAGGCUAAAGAGGAAAUAGAUUUUCAGAACAAUAGCCAGAACUUGGGUGAUGAUACCAAGAGUAAUUCAGAUAUCACAAAGCAGCCUAACGGACAGGAUGAGUCCCAUGGUGAUACAUCUGAUUUUAUGGCAGAAAAUGAUGGGGAGGAAGAAGGUCAUUUCGAUUCUGAUGUUGCAGGAAAACAAGAGUUGAUUGGAGAACAACCUAUAGCUGUAAGUGUCAAUCCAGACACUAACAUAGAUUCUCACGAGGUGGAUUUGUUUGAGCAAUCCAAUGGCGAGGAAGAGGCUAAGAUGCGUGCAAGUCAGCAGAAGUGUGUGACUAACAUGCAAGCUAACAUAGAUUUUCUUGAGGUGAAUUUGUUCGAGCAAUUCAAUGGUGAGGUCCAGGCUAAGGUGGGUGGAAGUCAGCAUAAGUGUCUGACUAACAUGGAAGAUGCAGGAGAAGUUGCUGGAGAAGAAGAUCUUAUGGAAGAAUAUGAUGUUGAUCGUACUGAGGCUAACAUGGAUGCACCAGCUGAUUCCCUGGAACUUGCUGGACAAGAAGAAUCCAUGGAAGAAUAUGAUGCUGAUUGUUAUGAGGCUAACGUGGAUGCAGCAGCUGAUGCUCUGGAAGUUGCUGGAGAAGAAGAACAACCCAUGGAAGAAUUUGAUGUUGAUGGUACUGAGGCUAGCGUGGUUGCACCAGCUGAUGCUCAGGAAGUUGCUGGAGAUGAAUCCAUGGAUGACUCAGAAAUUGAUUAUGUUGAGGCUACUGUGGAGAGUGCAGCUCACAGUCUUCCCCCCUUGCCUGCCCCAGAACCAGUCCUCACUCUGGCGCUGGAUACGAUGCAAAAUCCUUCUGCCUUGACAAGCACAAAUUCAGAACUCAUCACUCAGACACCAGUUGAGAAUUCAUCAGCAGUGACAAGCAUAGGACAGAUGCUUGUUACAGAUAACAAGGAAAACUUGGUUUGUACGAAAGAAAAUAAAGGCACUGCUGGUGAUAACUUGCAAAAUUUAAGCUUGAGGAAGCUUACAAAAAUGUUGAAAGAUUUGAACAUAUCAAAAAAUCCUAGUGGAAAGGAGGCAGUAACAAGAUCAGCCUUGCAAAAAGUUCCAGAAAACCGUUUGAUCAGUGAAAACGAAAACUGAAGCUCGUAAUAGGGGCAGACCACUCCGCCUGCCAUUAAGAUGGAAGAUUGAAGCUCUGCAAACCUUCUUGAUUUGCUACUUUUGAGACAUCAAAAUUUAUUAUCCCUGUUGUUUUGUGUUUCUUCAGUUAUUUUUCAAUACUUGUAUGAUUAAAACAAAAUUACUCAUAUGAUGAUGAUGAAUGAAAUCCGUCAAACUUCUCUUCAAUUCACCUGAA